AUGGAAGAAAUACCAACUCUUCCUCAAGACAUCAUCGUUGAAAUUCUCAUCAGGUUACCUCUCAAAAUCCUCUUGAAAUUCAGGUCUGUUUCGAAAUCAUGGCUUUCUUUACUCUCAGAUUCGCAAUUCCAUAAAACCCAUAUCAAUUUUUCUAUGAACAACCCCAAAUUUACCGACUACACACUUGCUGCUGUACCCACUGUUUCUGGUUUGGGCAAAAUCUGUCAUGUCUACACUAUACGCUCUGAAAAUUCAUCUGUUAUUGUGUCUAAACAUGAGUGUCCUUCUAAGACUCUGUCUCUCUCGGCUUGGAUUUUGGGGUCUUGUAAUGGGUUAAUUUGCUUAACUACUGAUUCGUUUAAUUUAAUGUUAUUGAAUCCGUGUACUGGAAAGUUUAAUGUAUUUCCUGAUUUGAUGAUUGAGUAUGAAGUUGGUGAUGGUGGUGUGCAUAUUAGAUAUGGAUUUGGCUAUGAUGCAUAUGCGGAAGAUUAUAAGGUUGUUAAGAUGUUUAGUUUUCCUCGAAUCGGUAAUGAGGGAAGAAGACAUGUUAAUAUGGUUAGUGUUUAUAGUUUAAAGGGUAAUUCUUGGUCAAGUAUUCAGGGUUUUGACAGUGGUUAUGUAAAUGGAAAUGUUGGUGUGUUUGCGAAUGGGGUUCUUCAUUGGGAAGGAUGUUAUGAUUAUGUUUUGGGUGGUAUUUCGUCUGAGAUCGUUACGUUGGAUUUGGCUAAAGAGAGAUAUGGGAGAAUAGCUCUGCCUAGGUAUGAAGGUGGAGGUAUUCAUUGGACAUUAGGUGAAUCAAGGGGGCGUUUAGUUGCUUGUUGCAAUUAUGAAUCGAAUAAGGCAGAUAUAUGGGUGAUGAAGGAAUAUGGUGUAGAGAAAACAUGGACUAAAUUGGUUACCAUCUCAUCACCGGAUGAUGGUAGAGUUAAUAUCUCGCCGUUGUUUGUGGCAGAGAAUGGUGAUGAGGUUUUGGUGAAACUUGGCACAGAGGUGACACUGUACAAUUCAAGGAAUGCAUCAUUCAAGCGAAUUGCCGAUUAUGUGUCGACCGAUGAUUUUCUUCAAGUUCAAGUGGCUACCUACUUAGAGAGCCUUGCUUCACCUCAUAGUUAG